AUGGUUAAGCAGCUCCUUGUCGACAACAUAGACUUCGGUUCGGUGCCCGCAGGCACCAUCAAAAUCGACUGCCAGUAUGGUCUGCUGAGUUCGAGUGCUCUGCCGCUGCCUCCUGAGCUGUCUGAGCUGGAAAGUGAAGAGGAGCUUCAGCACAGCUUCAGUCUGAUGGGAAUUAGCCCUUCCACGGACCUGGUGAACGCCCAAAACAUCGCCUUGCCGCAGCACAACUCAGAUAUCAUUCACAUGAGUAUCGACAUAGGCGGCACCUUGACCAAGUUGGUGUACUUCACGGCGUCGCUGACGGAGAAGGACGACCCGGCCGACUCGGGCGGGAAGUUGCACUUUCAGGAUUUCCAAACGGGCUCUUUUGAAAAAGAGGCGCUCGCUUUCAUGAUCCAACUCAUCCGCAAGUCCAUCAUCAACAAGCUGAACCCGCCCAUCACGUACGUCAUGGCCACGGGCGGUGGAGCUCACAAGUUCUGCAAGUUGAUGGUGGCGGUUUUCAAAAAACACAAGUUCCCCAUGCAAAUCGUCAAGAAGGACGAGAUGGAGUGCUUGAUCAAGGGCCUCGACUGGCUCAUCACCAAAAUUCCCAACGAGAUCUUCACCUACGAUCUUGUCGAAAACGAAAUUCAGUUCAUCACCAGUCCUUACACGUGCGAGGACCAGAUUUAUCCCUAUUUGUUGGUCAAUAUUGGCUCUGGUGUGUCAAUGAUCAAGGUCACUGGGCCUGGCCCCCAGGGCUUUGAGCGUAUAGGCGGUUCUUCUCUCGGUGGAGGAACGCUAUGGGGUCUUCUUUCUCUCCUCACAGACGCCAAAGACUACACUGAAAUGUUGGAAAUGGCCCAGAAGGGCGACAACGAAAACAUCGAUCUUUUGGUCGGCGACAUUUACGGCGCAAGCUACAACAAAAUCGGCUUGAAGUCCACCCACAUUGCCUCGUCGUUCGCCAAGGUAUUUAAAAAGCUCCGCUUUGGCAAACUGGGCAGUCCACUUACACCCACAGAAAAGCUAGCACAGUUCAAGCAGGAAGAUAUUGCAAGAUCCCUCUUGUAUCUGAUCUCCAACAACAUUGGUCAAAUUGCCUAUCUUCAGGCGCUUCGCUUUGACCUCAAGCGUAUAUACUUUGGAGGCAGCUACAUUCUGGGACACAUGCAAACAAUCCACACGUUGAGCUACGCCGUCAAUUUCUGGUCCAAGGGCGACAUGAAAUCGUAUUUCCUCAGACACGAGGGCUACUUGGGCAGUGUGGGUGCCUUCAUGAUGGGGCCCAACGGCGAAAUCAACGGAGACUCGUAUCAUUAA